UUAUUAUUGGAUAUUAUUAUCAAUCUGUUGCGUAUGCGCGCGCACGCGUGUCAAAGUAUCUUUCCUCCCGAUUUCGUUUGAUCGUUAUUAUUGAGUAACAGAUCCGAAACCGAACAGAAAUCGCAACGUUUUCGCCGGUCACUGACGUAAGGAUACCGAUCGAAUAUUUGAUCUCAUUACAAUGCCUAAAUCGGAAACUAAUGUACCGAUCAUGACUCGAUCGAAAAAAGAAGGAACAUUCAAUGAUCCAAAACUAUCGCUUAAUGAAGUAAAAAAUGAAGCUACGAGUAAAACGAUCACUGAGAAGGACAAAGUUGAUACACCGGUUGUGAAACAAGUACAACCGAUGAAGGAAGUUAUGAAAACUGAUGUACAAGUUGAAAAGAAUAUGAUGGAUCAAUCGGUCGAGAAGAAAACCGAGAAGAAAUUUGUUAUCGAGAAAUCUACGGACAAAGAUCGAUCAUCUUCAAAAAACGUUGAAUCUUUGAUCCUUGAAAAAAAUAAACCAAAAGAUCCGUCUGCUUUGAAGAAAGAUGAAUCUUUGAUCCACGAAAAAAAUAAACCAAAAGAAGAAAAUCGAUCUACUAUGAAGAAAGAUGAAUGUUCCAUUCUCGAAAAGAAUAAACCGAAAGAAAACGUUCGAUCUUCUUCGAAGAAAGAUGAAUCUUUGUUCCACGAAAAUAAUAAACCAAAGGAAGAAGUUCAUCCUUUCGCGAAGAAAGAUGAAUCUUUGUUCUGCGAAAAAAAUAAACCAAAAGAAGAAAAUUUAUUUGCCUCGAAGAAGGAUGAAUCUUUGAUCCCUGAAAAAAAUGUACCUAAAGAAGAAGUUCGAUCUUUUACGAAGAAAGAUGAAUAUUUCUUCCUCGAAACAAACAAAUCCAAAGAAGAAGUGCGAUCUUCUACGAAGAAAGAUGAAUCACCCGUCCUUGAAAAAAAUGUAGUGAAAGAAGAAGUUCGAUCUUCUUCGAAGAAAGAUGAAUUUUGCGUCCUCGAGAAAAAUAUAGCGAAAGAAGAACUUCGAUCUUCUUCGAAGAAGGAUGAAUUUUGCAUUCUCGAAAAAAAUAAACCAAAAGAAGAAGAUCGAUCUUGUUCGAAGAAAGAUGAAUUUUUGAUUCUCGAAAAGAAUGUACCGAAAGAAGAAUUACGACCUCCUUCGAAGAAAGAUGAAUCUGUGUUUCCCGAAAAAAAUAAACCAGAAGAAGAUGAUUUAUUUUCGUCGAAGAAAGAUGAAUUUCUUUUCGUCGAGAAAAAUAAACCAAAAGAAGAAGUUCGAUCUUCCUCGCAGAAAGAUGAAUUUGUGAUCGUCGAGAAAAAUAAACCAAAAGAAGAUGAUCAACCUUCUUCGAAGAAAGAGGAAUUUUUUAUUGUAGAAAAAAAUAAACCAUUUAAACCCGCGAACGUUGCUGUACCAAGAAAAAGUCAACCCUACGUGCCACCCAUUACAAAUGAAUCUCCAAUCGUAUUAGCUACACAUUUAGUACCGUCCUUACCAGUUGCUCUUUUUGAAUUAUUGGCGGAAGUGAUCGAAGUUGCAACAGAAAGGCCUGUUAAUCUUUUAUACGAGCCUAGAUCUAAUAGGAAAGUAGCAAAGAAUAUUACCGACAUCGCUAUUUUGUCAGCCAAUGAAGAAUGGGAAGAUGGUAAUCUUUUGCCAGUAUCUUUUAUAUUCAAACAUCGUCUUAACAAGGAUAAUUCACCUUCUAUUUAUGCCGAUGUUAUUAUUGCUUCGGAUCUCACACCUCAUGUUGAAGAUAUCAUUGACAUGCGUGGAUAUAGAUGUGCUUUACCUGACAGGUCUAAAAAAGUAGGAGCUACAACACUAUUGUAUAAUUAUUUGCAUACUGUUGGAGAAGGUCCAGCUUUCUUCGGCAAUACUUUAGAUGUCGACUCACAAAUAGCUGUCUUACAAAUGGUCGCUGGUAAACAAGCUGAAGUAGGCAUUUUGGAAGCUCCUGUUAUCAUGUGCCAUAAGGACACUUUACCCGGCAUAGAAUCACUUCGUAUAGUCACCAGUUUGGGACCAUUACCACCUUAUCGUAUCAUGGUUAAUAAAACUCUAUCUGAUAAUCUUGUAAGAAAGCUAACAUCUUCUCUACUUAAUUGUAAUCAAGAUGUUGAACGGAUGGAGAAACUAGCAUCUUUUGGAAUCUUAGGUUUUGCCAUCAAUUCCACAGAUUUCUAUGAAUUUAGUGAUGUUAAGUCUGCCAUUAAAAGGGGACCGUAUUAUUGAAACUAUCUCGUUUAUAUUGUAUUAAAUAUGAUCUAUACUUUACUACAUUUAUCGUUGGAAAAAAUAAACACGUAUAUAAAUUUUAUAUUAUAAAAUAAAUAUAACGUUGUAUUAUAAAGA